AUGUUGCAGUUAAGUUAGUUGGGACUCUUUUCUCAAAAAAAUAAAAUAAAAUAAAAAUAAAGUAGCAAUCGGGAUCGCUUGGAUUUUACUGUUUAAUGUUCUCCUGAUGCAUUCCUUGCUUCCUGGCACGCAAAGCACAUAAAGUAGAGGUUCCUCUAAAUGUAGUGGUUAAUUGAGGCGACUCAAAAAGAUGGCUAGAUUAUUUGCUCUCGCAAUGGUUCUCGUUCUUCUUGUAGCUCUGGAUCGUGGCUUGGUGGAUGCUGAUUUCUACAGAGAUGUCGAUUUCGUGUGGGGUUCUCAGAACUCAGGAAUCUGGAACAAUGGCGACAGCCUUGCUCUCAUGCUCAACAAUGUCUCAGGUUGUGGAAUGGUGACAAGAAAUCAGUACCUGUUCGGAAGCAUUGAAGUGCAGAUUAAACUGGUGAAAGGCAACUCUGCUGGAACAGUGAUAGCCUAUUAUCUGUCCUCAACAGGAGAGAAGCACGAUGAGAUAGAUUUUGAGUUCCUCGGGAAUGAAACAGGACAACCCUACAUAAUCCACACAAACAUCUUUGUGCAAGGUGUAGGAAAUAGGGAAGAACAGUUCUAUCCUUGGUUUGAUCCAUCAACUGACUUCCAUAACUAUACCAUUCACUGGAACCCCAGCCAAGUUGUGUGGUUUGUCGAUGGGAUUCCUAUCAGAGUGUUCAGAAACUAUGAGAGCCAGGGAAUUCCAUUUCCUGAUCAACAAGCAAUGAGGGCCUACUCGAGCAUCUGGGUGGCAGAUGACUGGGCGACAAGGGGAGGGCUGGUGAAGGUCGACUGGAGUUGCGCACCAUUCGUGGCCUACUACGAGUACCUGCGACUGAGGGCUUGUCCAUGGUAUGGACCAACAAGCACAGGCCAAUGUGCUGAAACGACUCCUGCCAAUUGGUGGACGAGGCCGGGGUUUGAGACUUUGGAUUACCAACAACAGGGGCGGAUGAAUUGGGUGAGGGAGAACUACAUGAUCUAUGAUUACUGCAAGGACGAGAAGAGGUUCAAUGGAGUUCUACCUCACGAAUGUCAUCUGCCCAAGUAUUAGCAGCGAUAUAUGGCCUUGGAGAUGCUUGUUAUUUGAGGAAGAAAAGUAGAAAAAGGUUUGCUUCGAU